UGGGCUUUUCCAAGUGUGAACAUGGAUUUGCAGAAAUCAAAUGACGAUCAGAGAGGUAACAGCCUAGAAGUCCUGCAAUCAGAGAAGGUCAGCCAGGCCCUGCAGGAUCCUGAUCACAAUCUAGAAACAGGAAAGGAAGACCUUCAUCGGCGCGACUUUGUGGAAUCUGAAUAUUUGGAGAAGCAAGUGAAGGUUGUCAAGGCGCUGGGAGACCACAUCACCAACCUAAAGCACCUGGGAGCGCCCCAGAAUGCUGUGUGACAUUCUGAGCCUGAAUACCUUAAGGAGCAGAUGAAGGCCAUGAAGCACAUGGAAGACCACCCUCACUAAUCUGAAGCACCUGGGCGUGCCCAGAAUGCUCUGGGGGACAGCUACCUGAUGAACAGGCUCAUAGACAACUUGGAGGGGGAGAUGAAUGAAUGGGAAUGUUGCCCCCAAAAAAGGUUAACAGUUUUUGUCAGACAGGCAGAAAUUAUACUGAAUUGCCUCAAGCAGCAAGGCCAGUCCUGCAGAUAAAACAGCAUAUGCAGAGUGCUCUUUGAUCCUGCUGUGCUUCCAGUUUUCUAAGCAGACUUGACAUUUGGUUUGUUGAAAAGUAAGCACUCCCACCUCUCCUGGGACUUGGCAGGGCUGAGAGAGCUGGUCUUGACUACAGUUAUACCCGCUUGCUAUAAGGAUGAGCUGAGGGCUAGUGACUUGCCCUGGCUGGGCUACAUGGGAUAUGAACAGAGAUUGGAAGCCAGCCUCCUCUGUUGAUGUGCAAUGGUCUAGCUAUUACACCACACUACCCGCCAACAUCCAGCCAGUCAACCAUUUCAUAGAAUAGCCAAAUUGGAAGGGGCUAUAAGGCCUUCAAGUCCAACCCUCGGCUCAAUGCAGGAAUCCAUUUCAAGUAUUCCUUAUUGUGCCAACAAACCCAUCAGCAAGUUCUCAUUCCCUUCUGAGGAAUGGGUACUAGGAAAUGCCCUCACAAUGCUUGACAAUGGCAUUCCACACCCUCUUCUUUAAAAUGCCUCUGUGUGAGAAAAACAGGCAUGUUUGGUUUGCCAGUGAGGAAGGCAAUUAACACAAAGUGCCUCAUUAAAAAUAAAAGGCAUAAAAUAGGCACAGAAGAUACUCUUAAGACAGGGGUAGGCAACAUGGUGCCCUCAAGAAGUUGUUGGACACAAGUUCAUCAACAAUUAGUAAUGAUGGGUGUGUUCAACCCCCACAG